CCGCUAGUUGGCAAGCGGCAGCGAGCGAACGCAGAGAAGCUUUUUGUUGUCCGGGGUUACUUCACCUGGCACGCGCACUCAUUCAGCCUUAACUAAGGGGGAACGAAUACGGAUAACCUAAUUUGAAGCGUAGAAACUACCGGAGAAAGCGACGGUUACCGAAGGAAAAGCGCCAACGUCUGUUAUUCGACCGACUAUCUUGUAUCGCCAACUCCGCGCAUACGUAGUUUUACCCGCGCUAGCUUCGAGAAGAAAGGCCGUCGUGUUGACCCGGCAUCCAUUAAUUAACGGACAGCGGAAUCACCCUGGCACAUCCCGGUUGCCCCUCUCUGCGUGGAUCGGACAACCUUCGGAAUCAAAGAGGAACGAGCGUCGAGCGAGAGGAUGGCUUUGAAACGGAUCCACAAGGAGCUUAACGACCUGGCUCGUGACCCCCCGGCACAAUGCUCGGCCGGCCCGGUGGGCGAUGACAUGUUUCACUGGCAAGCCACAAUCAUGGGACCUAGUGACAGUCCAUAUCAGGGAGGAGUUUUCUUCUUGACGAUUCAUUUUCCAACAGACUACCCCUUCAAACCGCCCAAGGUUGCGUUUACAACGAGAAUUUACCACCCAAAUAUUAACAGUAACGGCAGUAUCUGUCUGGAUAUCCUCAGAUCACAGUGGUCUCCUGCGCUCACGAUUUCUAAAGUUCUUCUCUCCAUUUGCUCACUCCUUUGUGACCCGAACCCCGAUGACCCACUAGUGCCAGAGAUUGCACAAAUCUACAAAACAGAUAGUACGAGGUACAAUAAACUAGCUCAGGAGUGGACAACGAAGUAUGCCUUGCUCUAAGGAUACACCAAAAUGGCAAAAGACUGGACACACAAAUAUGCAAUGUGAUUGCAUCAUUUGGAAAGCUGGCGGAAAAUGUUGUUGCUGGUUCAAACAAAACAUGCAGGAGGUUUUACUUUUUCACUUUUUUCUUUUCAUUUUUUUUGGGGGGGGAGUAAUCAAAGUAUUUUUCCCACCUGUGCGCUUAUAAGAAGAUAGUGUUUUCUCUCUAGGACACGUGCCAGUUUUCUGUGAGGUUUGGAGAAAAGAAUCGGAAUAAAUCCUAAUAACUCUGUUCUCGCUCGGCUCGAGCUGACGACAUUUACUCUGCACACACUUAGAAUCCGAUGCGACUCGUCUCCCGAACACCAGCCGCGCCGUGAGGAUCCAACACGGCCGGAUUUCUCAAAGCACUUACAGAGAAGCUCGUCUUUUGCCAUGCAUGUAAACUCUGCAUUUUAAAGUUUAAAUUUGGUGACAUUCUGCUGCGUUUGUGAUUUAAUAAAAAAUAUCUGAAUCUAU